AUGUCUACUUUGCCAUCAGUGUCGGUGCUGAACCCUGGCUAGCCCCACCGAGGGGAGGGCCUCACCGCUGGGGAUACAGGUCCACCAGCGAACUUCGACAGUGGCCCAGGCCACUUGCCGGAGGAGGACCUUGAGGAGACUUCUGCUCAGAAUCCUGAAGUUCUGAGCCUGGGGCUCCUUGGCCUGGACACCAACCGAGCCCCCAACUGGCCUGGGCUCCAGAUGCUCCUGAAGCAGCUCCCUCCUCAGGACGGCGAUGAGAGAUACUGCCUGGCCCUUGGGGAGGAGGAGCUGGCUGAGCUCCGGCUCUUCUGUGCCCAGCGGAGGUGUGAGGCCCUGGGACAGGGGGUGGCAUCUCCCAUGCUCCAAGAAUGCACCUGUGAAAAGUGCAGGGAGCGCCUGAGGCCAGGGGAAUACGGAGUGUUUGCGGCCAGGGCAGGAGAGCGGCCCUGCUGGCACCAGGCUUUCUUUGCUUGCCAGGCCUGUGGCCAGGCCCUGAUGAACCGCAUCUACUUCUACCACGAUGGGCAUCUCUACUGCGGCCGUCAUCAUGCUGAGCUGUUGAAGCCACGCUGCCCUUUUGUGACCAGGUACAGCUCUGAGGGGAGGUCUGGUCAGGGUCCAACUUGGCAGGACGUAAGCGAGUGGAGUAGGGAGAAGCACAGCCUAGGACCUUGGGACUCUUGGACAGACGUCCCCAUCAGUAUGCCGGUGCCCAGUGCUGUGCCUUGUCAUCCGAUCCCCUCCCUCUCCCAGCUGAUCUCCCCGAGCUGCACCGAGGUGGAGGGAUGGCUCUGGCACGAGAACCACUUCUGCUGCCAGGGCUGCGCCGGGCCCUUGGCGGGUGGACGUUAUGCUUGGCCGGGGGGCGGCCCCUGCUGCCCCACUUGCUUUGAGUGUCGCUACUCGGAUGCCGGCUGGAGCCUGGCCGCGACCCUGGAAGGCAGGCCGCCGCUGGGUAAGGGAGGAAAGGUGCAGAUCCAAGGGGAAGUGGGCAGAGGGAGUUCCCCCGGGCUGGGGCCCUCGACCCGGUCCCACGCUGUCCCGUCCCUCCAGCAGCGCCCCCGUCCUCCAACCGCACCCCCAAACCCGAGCUUCGGGGCCCGCAGCUCUCACCCCCCAUCCCUGCCCGGCUCCAGUCCAGAAACCCAGAGGCGGCUGCUGGGGUCCAGCCGGGAGCAGGAGAGCCCAGCUGGGGACAAGGCGGAGGCGCCCAGAGGACGGGGGCACGGCCCCCUGGAGACGUCCAUUGGUCCCGUGGAGGACGUCCCCUGCCCCACCUGCUCCUCUUCCUCCGGCUCAGAACCCGAAGGCUUUUUCUUAGGUCAGCGCCUUCCCCGGCCCUGCACGACCCCAAGACGCGUCCAGGCUGGUGACAGUGGCACCUCCAGGAAGCGUUGCACCGUUUGCUAGGGGCGCGGCCCGGAGCAGGAGGAGUCGAGGGGAAGGGUGGACUGUGAGGCGGGGGCCGAGACUCCUCUCCCCGUAAAAAUCCUAGACUGAACGCAGCCAGGGACGCGCUGGGAGAGGCGGCGGGGUGGCCAGCUUGAGCACCUCCUCCUCAGCCCGCGCAUUCUGUGACUCUUGAUGGACACUUUCUUGGGGCGCCCAUUCCCCAAAGCUACGCGGCCCCAGCUGAGCUGGCCCCUCCCCGACCCCACAGGCCGGGGCACCUGGAUCCCCAGCCUCCUGCGCCAAUGAAGCGGUCACUCCGAGGCCACGUGUGACGCAACAGCUGGGCGAGCCGAAGGCCUGGAAGGAGCGGGGGGUGGGACCGGACCGCGGGUGCGCGGGGCCGAGCCUGCUCCUCCCUCGCAGAGCACGUGGACGCUCAGCCCGGGGUCCCACCUCUCUCGCGGGUGUCUGACUCGCUCCAGCUCCGGCGCCCUCCGUUCCGCCGCAGC